AUGACCGUCGCUCAACAUCAACACCUUCCACCGCUCACCAUCGGCGGACAAGACAUAGAGCACGUCAAGAACUUCACAUACCUCAGAAACAACAUCUCAAAUACUGGAGACGUGGAGGAAGACGUACAGACCAGAACUGGCAAAGCUGCAGGAGUCUUCCAACGACUCUGGAACAUCUGGUCAUCAAAAUCCAUCACCACGGCCACAAAGCUACGCCUCUAUGUGUCAGUGGUCAUCCCUACAGCGACCUACGCCUGUGAGACGUGGAUGAAGACAGCCAGCAUCACCAACAAGCUGGAUGUCUUCCAUCGUCUGUGCCUCAGAUCCAUCCUGAAGAUCUCAUGGAGAGACCACAUCACCAAUGAAGAGGUGAUGAGAAGGGCAGGUGUAGCACCUUUGUCUGACAUCGUCUCUGACAGGAGAAAGAGAAAGACCGGACAUGGAAUCCAACUGCCAAGAGAGAGAGAGACCGGCAAGUGUGGAAAUAGAGGGAGGCCAAAGAAGACAUGGAGACAAACAGCCAAGUAA